AUGGAGGCUCCUCCUACCCUAUAUAUUGCCCUGCCGGUCACCAAGCGGUUUCAAUGCCCUGUUUGUCGAGAAUCGGGUGUGUUAACAAUCAGAAAGCGGGAGGGACUAAAACGGCACCUCACUCAAGACCAUGGGCCGGGAUGGGAGCUCUCGUAUGUGUGCUGCGAUAUCGAAUUUAGUUGUCGUGAGCACAAGUACUCUCUCAAGAGAGCAAAGGCCCAUUUUGAGGAGCAGCACCAGGGAACACCAUUUGAGGUGGGGGAUGAGGACGAGUUGGGGAUCGCCUCAACAUCCUUUGACGGCCUGCAGGACCUCAUUUUGCGGGUCGACACUCCUGCUCGUCCUACACAGGAGUCUCAGGCUUCACCUGCCCCUGCAUCUUCAUCAUCAUCUUCCCCUGAGUCGCCGCCCACCCUCCAGCGGGCUGGAUCAGCCGCGGCAAGAGCGCGGAAUGCCCUGAGACGUCGCCGUCUGCUAAGGGAUCGGGAUUUGACCCCUCCCAGGGUCCCCUUAGACCACCCUCCACCUGCUGGACUACCUUCUCCGCCCUCUCCGCCGCCGCCUCUGCCUUCACCGGUACAUCCGCCCUUGGCACCGCCUCCACCUUCGCCGGAGCCUUCGCCCGGCCGCCCUCCUUUGCCAGACCCCCCGCCAUCUCCGACAACGCCCUGCCACGGAGCCAUGCCGCUUGGCCGUCGCUCAACUGGAGCUCCAGACCCUCCACCUGAUCCUCCGUCGCCUGGGUUACCUCCUGGCUCUCCUGCUGAGCUUCCUGACCAUCUCACAGCUUGGCAGCGUCAGUGGCUGCCCCGAUUCAUCCCGGGGACCCCAUGGGACGAGUUCAUCGUCGCUCUGGAUGAGAUGACGGCUUCACUCUCGACGGCGCCGCAGCCCACAAAUCCUCCUGGGCUUCCUCGUCGCCGUGCUGCUGCUGCACCGCGUGACAAUCGCCGGGACGUCAGGGAGGCCGCAAGGCUCCAGCGCCUCUACCGACGGGCUCCUCGGAAAGCGAUGAGGGAAGUUCUGGGCUCCUCAUCGCCAUUUUGCUCCAUCCCUGAGGAGGCCAUUAAGCGACACUUUGAGGCUUCCUAUUCCUCAAGAGAUGGAUGUGCCGGUGUCCCUCCGCCGAAUUGCCUGUUCCCUCCCGCUCUGCACCCCCCUCCACUGCUUGACUCUGCACUACCUGAGGAGGUUUCCCUCCUGCUGAGGAGGGCCUCUAAUACGGCUCCUGGCCCUGAUGGGGUCCGCUACAACGUGUGGACGCCACGAUUCCCACCAUCCUGGAAGUCCUCCUCUACGGUGCUAAUCCACAAGAAGGACAACCCUGGCGACAUCAACAACUGGCGUCCCAUCGCCCUCUCCAACACCGCGGGGAAGCUCCUCUGCAGUCUCCUGGCGGAUCGUCUCUCCAGGUGGGCCUCCGACAACAACCUCAUUUCUGGGGCUCAGAAGGGGUUCACCCCAGCGGAGGGCUGCCUGGAACAUAACUUCAUCCUCCAGGAACUCCUCGAUGACGCAAGGCGGCGUGGGAGCGAGCUCUGCGUGGCGUGGUUGGACCUCGCCAACGCCUUCGGCAGUGUCCCCCACUCCGCCCUCCUCGCCGCGCUCCGUUCUGCGGGGCUGUCGCAAGACCAGCUGCGAUUCAUCGAGGACUUAUACCAGGGGAGCUUUACUUCCAUUCGCCACUCCAGAGGAUCGACUGACCCCAUCGCCUUUGGAGCUGGAGUUCGCCAGGGCUGCCCACUCUCCCCCAUCCUCUUCAAUCUGGUGAUGGAGUACCUGAUUCGGCCGCUCACUGCACUGGAGGACCAACAUGGAGCAGUACUCCACGGCACCAGCGUCAGCGUCCUGGCAUACGCUGAUGAUCUCGCCCUUGUGGCGAGGUCGGAGGCGUCUCUUCAGGCACUGCUGGACGUCGUCAUCCCAGCUGCGACGUGGGUUGGACUCCGUUUCAAGCCCACCAAGUGUGCCACGCUCCAUGUUGCCCGGAGGACUACUAGACCUUCAGUCUUCCGGAUCUACGGUGCGCCGCUUCGGGUCCUCGGAGAAGGGGAUUCCUACCAACAUCUUGGAGUCCCCACCGGGAUGAAGGUGGACCAAACCCCGGUCGCCACCAUCGCCAGAUUGGAAGCCGAGACUGAGGCCGUCCUUCGGAGUGUACUGGCGCCUUGGCAGAAGCUGCACGCCUUGCGGACCUUCAUCAUUCCGCAGUUAGAGUUCAACUUGAAAACCGCGCGGAUCCGCAAGACUGCACUUAGGAGCCUGGACAGUAAGAUCAAGUGUGGGGUGAAGAAGAUCUUCAACGUUCCUUCCCGCGCCAGUGCCGAGUUGGUCUAUCUUCCACCUUCUUGCGGCGGGGCUGGACUCGUCCCGCUGGCCGACCUCUCGGACCUGGCCGCCAUCAACCACGCGUUCAGGCUCCUCACCUCACCGGAUGCCAGGGUGGCCUCGCUUGCUUUGGAGGGAUUGGCGGCCUCUGCGGGCCAGAGGAGUGCUGCCCGCGCUGGAAUGGAGUUCCUUGUGGGAUACCUCAACGGCGACUUCCCCGGGAACUCCAAUGUUGCCACCACUUUUUCUGCCGCGCGGGCGGCUCUGAAUAGGCUGAAGAGGCGCUUGCCUGACCUGCGCUGGGGCUGGUGUGCCGGCAGGGCAACAUUCCAAAUCACGAUCCCUGGGGAUAGGGCUCUCAGGAUCGUCGACAGGGGCUCCCGUCACGCGCUGUCGGCCAGUCUGCGCUCCUCGCUGCAGCAACACUUCAGGGCCACCCUUUCCGCGAAACCCGACCAGGGAAGGGUGGCCAGGGUCACCACCACCUGCGCCACUGCCAACCACAUGCUGCACGAGGGACGCUACACACGCUUUGCGGACUGGCGGUUUGUUCACCGGGCCAGGUUGAAUGUCCUCCCUCUCAACGGCUGCCGGCGCUGGGGAGUCAACGAUCGGCGUUGUAGGCGGUGUGGUCAACACGACGAGACCACCGCCCACGUGCUCUGCCACUGCACCUCCAGCCUCGCUACUGGCAUCACGCGAAGACACAACGCCGUCCAGGAUCUCCUCGUCGAUGCCAUCAGACCUGCGGAGGGAGUUGAGGUCCGCGUGAACCAGCGGGUGCCCCUACUAGCGCUGCUCCAAGACCGAGACGAUUUUCCGGAGGAGAUGGUGCGCUGCCGUCCGGAUGUAGUGAUGAUCGACGCCCACAACAAGAUCGUCAAGAUCGUCGACAUCGCCGUUCCGUACGAGGACGGCUGGCGGGCCAUCGAGGCUGCGCGGGAGAGGAAGCUGGACACCUAUGGACCACUCGCCCGGAUGCUGACGGCCGGAGGCUACAGGACUUCCGUGGACGCCUUCAUCGUCGGCUCCCUGGGUGCGUGGGACAGCGCCAACUGGGGGACCCUGGCACGCCUCGGGGUUCACCGUAGAUACGGCACAUCCCUCUCCCGUCGCUGCGUCUCCGAGGCCAUUCGCUGGAGCCGAGACAUAUAUGUCACCCAUGUAUCCGGCGUCCAGCAGUGGCAAGACUGA